ACACAUCAGGAUGAUUACUUUGUGUUGUGUGUAGCAGCGCUUUGGUGCGCGUGACCCUUCACCCACUUCCAGCACAGCGAGUUCUCACACUUCUCAGCACUAUAUAAGGCUGAUAACCGCGGCGACAUUACCCACGUCUUCACGCAGCAGCUAUUCACGGAUCAGGAUGUUGUCCUAUCUUGCUCGCUGGGUGUCCAGAGGUGCUGUCCAGGCUCUAAAAGGAACAAGCAGUCGGCCUCAACUGGUCAAGACACCUCGUAUCGGCAAUCAGACUUUGGCAGCGGCUCCUCUGCCCUUUGCUGGGGGCAGUCCAGGAGUGAGACAGGCCCGGGCACUGGAUCAGGAGAGAUUACUGCAGAUCGACUGGGAUGAUGGGAGCUGUAGUUUGUAUCCAUUCACCUGGUUGAGGGAUAACUGCCAGUGUCCGCUCUGUACGCUGCAGUCGGCUCAAGCACGCAGCCUGCUGUUCUCACAUCUGGACGUGCACACCGGGAUGGAUCACGUACAACUGAUGGAUAAUAAGGUGUCCAUAACUUGGCCUGAUCAGCACAGCAGUGAGUUUGAUCCUGACUGGCUGAAGAAACGCUGCUUUUCCUCUGAGGCCAGACAGGCUCUGCAGGAGGAGCUCUUCCUUAAUGAGCGUGAGUAUUGGGACUCUGGUCUCCAGAUCCCCACAGCAGAUUUCGAGGAGGUUCUACAUGACGACAAGGCUGCACUGGCCUGGUUAGAAGCUCUGAGACGCAUUGGCAUAGUCUACCUGAGGGGGGCACCAGCGGAACAGGGCCAGUUGGCCAGACUCAGCCAGAGAAUUGGCUACCUGCGCCUCACCUUUUAUGGACACACGUGGCAAGUGCAGGACAAGCCCAUGGCUAACAAUGUUGCCUACACUUCUGGAGAACUGAGUCUGCACACAGAUUACCCUGCUCUCCAUCAUCCACCUGGGGUGCAGUUCCUACAUUGUGUCCGUCAGGCUGAUGAGGGUGGUGAGAGUGAGGUGGUUGAUGGGUUUCACAUGGCAGAGCAGCUCCGCAGGGAAGAUCCAGAGGCGUUUAACAUCCUCUCCUCUCUCAGGGUGGACUUCACAGACAGCGGUGCUGACUACUGCGACUUCAGUGUGCAGUCCAAAAACCACAUUAUAGAGUAAGACCGACUGUGACUCCUACACACGCACAGUCGCACACAUUUUUUUAUCAUGGUACUGUGGAUUUGCUUUGUCCCAAGUCAUCUUCAUCAUCAGGUUAAUGUAAAUAAUGUACUAAAGAGCGCCAUCUCAUGGUUGGUUGUGGAAAUUAAACGAAUAACUGAGGGAAUUUCUGUAAAUUAAAGCAUACUAUAGUUUAUAAAUGAGAAUGCAGGUGUCUUCCUAUGUAAUUAUAAUUAUAAACGACAUCAAGACAGAAUAUUGUUACGGUUAGGGAUAGAAAGAUGGUGAUUAUACAGGCAAACAAAGUCGGUUGUUAUCGCAGUUUAAACCAGAGAGGCUGAUAUUUCCUUAUUGUUUUCUUGAACGCCUGGCUUGUUGUUGGCUAUUUCAUGAUGACAAAGAAAUAUUUUCUCACCUUAACUUACCUUUUGUUGUCUUACAGUCAAUCGAAACGCAAAAAAACUAUAAUUCUCGUUAACAACAAUCGUAAAAAGGCGAUUGACCAAUCACAAUCAGGUGUUCUAGAAUCUAAAGCAGGGGUCACCAAACUUGUUUCUGGAGGGCCAGUGUCCUACAGAUUUUAGCUCCAACCCUAAUAAAACACACCUGAACAAGCUAAUCAAGGUUUUACUAGGUAUACUUGAAACAUCCUGGCAGGUGUGUUGAGGCAAGUUGGAGCUAAACCCUGCAGGGACCCCGGCCCUUCAGGACCGAGAUUGGUGACCCCUGAUCUAGAGCGUUGAUACCUGUCUUUUAACACCGUGAAAUCGAAAUGGUCAACUAGUAUAAGUAUGCUUUAAGUGUAAUAAUAAUAAACUGAGUCAUACGUUAAAGUUGUUGUGUACCGUUUUGACUCUGAACUGCAAUUUAUCAUGUUUUUCUCUUCUUUUCUUUUCAUUCUUGUAUAACCUGUUUUAACACAUUUAAUCUGUUUUUAAUAAUUUCUAUUAUAUGUUUUUUAAUUUUCUUAUUCUUGUCUUUUUUAUUCUUGUUUUAAAUUGCGACUGUGUGUAUGGAAUGUGAUAUAUAAAUAAACUUGCCUUUCAUUUCAA